UAAAACUUCACCUAUUCAUCGUAAUGAGCAAAUAACUAAUAUUUUAACAAUUGUUGUAUUUCGUAGUGCGUUACAAAUAGAAAUAUCGUGUUCGUGCCAUAAAGUUUACACCCUAAGAGAAUUAAUCAAGAAAUUCGUGAGAAAAACGUAAACAUAACACAUAUUGUACAUACCACAGGAGCGAAAUGGCAGAUUUGGAGGCUGUGCUAGCUGAUGUCAGCUACUUGAUGGCUAUGGAGAAAUCCAAAUGUACACCAGCUGCAAGAGCUAGUAAAAAAUUAAUUCUACCAGAUCCCAGUGUACGGAGCGUUAUGUACAAAUAUCUGGAGAAGGAAAACGAACUCAACUUUCACAACAUUUUUAAUCAAAUUAUAGGUUACCUUUUGUUUAAGGACUUUUGUGAGAAUGAUUCUGAAGAACCUAUACAACAGUUAAAGUUCUAUGAGCAGAUUAAAAGCUUUGAGAAAACCGAAUGUUUCGAGGAGCGAAAAAAACUAGCUCGGGAAAUUUAUGAUAAUUUUAUAAUGGAAGAAAUGCUGUCCCACACAUAUGAAUACUCCAAAGAUGCUGUUGCUAGUGUCCAAAAAUAUUUAUUAAAAAAUGAAGUUCCUGUGAAUUUAUUUGAGCCAUAUAUGGAAGAAAUCUUUGGUCAACUUAAAGGGAGGCCAUUCAAAAAGUUUUUGGAAAGUGACAAGUUUACGAGAUUUUGCCAAUGGAAAAACCUCGAGCUUAAUAUACAAUUAUCAAUGAAUGACUUUAGCGUGCAUAGAAUAAUCGGACGCGGAGGCUUUGGCGAAGUCUACGGUUGUCGAAAAGCCGAUACGGGUAAAAUGUACGCAAUGAAAUGUUUAGACAAAAAACGUAUUAAAAUGAAGCAAGGCGAAAUGCUGGCAUUAAAUGAGCGCAACAUGUUGCAAGCAGUUAGCACUGGAAUUGAUUGCCCGUUCAUCGUUUGCAUGACUUAUGCGUUUCAUACGCCAGACAAGCUCUGUUUUAUAUUAGAUUUAAUGAAUGGUGGUGACUUACAUUACCAUCUCUCACAGCAUGGAGUUUUUAGCGAAGAUGAAAUGAAGUUUUAUGCAGCCGAGGUCAUUUUGGGUUUGGAGCAUAUGCAUAAGCGCUGCAUUGUCUAUCGCGACUUAAAGCCUGCGAAUAUAUUGCUGGACGAAAAUGGGCACAUUCGAAUUUCGGACUUGGGUCUAGCAUGUGAUUAUUCAAGGAAAAAACCUCAUGCCUCAGUGGGCACUCAUGGAUAUAUGUCACCCGAAGUAUUAUCGAAAGGAACCUCCUAUGAUUCAUGUGCUGACUGGUUCAGUUUUGGCUGCAUGCUCUACAAGCUACUCAAGGGACAUUCCCCAUUUCGACAGCAUAAAACGAAAGAUAAACACGAGAUCGACAGAAUGACAUUGACCAUGAAUGUCGAACUUCCAGACACAUUUUCCGCUGAAUUAAGGAAUUUACUGGAUAUGCUUUUACAAAGAGAUGUGCCAAAGCGUCUCGGUUGUAUGGGUAAUGGUGCCGACGAAGUUAAAAUGCAUAAUUUCUUCUCCGGCAUCGAUUGGCAUCAAGUUUAUAUUCAAAAAUACACCCCACCAUUAGUUCCACCGCGAGGCGAAGUAAACGCCGCUGAUGCAUUUGAUAUUGGCUCAUUUGACGAAGAGGAUACGAAAGGCAUCAAGUUAAAUGACAGUGAUUUGGAUCUCUAUAAGCAUUUUUCAUUAACUAUAUCCGAAAGGUGGCAACAGGAAGUGUCUGAAACUGUAUUCGAAACAAUCAACGUGGAAACUGAUAAAAUCGAGCAAAAGAAGAAAUCGAAACAAAAACAACACUUUGAUACAGAUGAAAAAGAAUCGGAUUGUAUACUGCAUGGGUACAUAAAAAAAUUGGGAGGAUCAUUUGCGUCUUUAUGGCAAACUAAAUAUGCCAAAUUAUAUCCAAAUCGCUUGGAACUUUACUCAGAGAGUGGCAAUAACAAACCAGAGCUUAUAUUUUUGGACCAAGUCGAGGAUAUUUCACCAGAUUUCAUUCAAUAUAAAAAUGAACAAUGUAUUCAAAUCCGUGUUAAUGAUGGCAGUCGAGAUGGUAGAAUUAUUUUAACAAAUUCGGAUGAAAUUGGCUUAAAGGAAUGGUCGUUGUCAUUGAGAUCGGCCUACAAAAUGUCACAGGACCUGCUAGGAUCAAUGGCUAAGAAAGCUGGAAAGAUUUAUGGAAGUGAGCGCGAUGCAAACAAAUCAAUGUACAUUCUUGGAGGGAACUGCUCUACAAAGUCUUCAAAUGGCUCUAAUUAAAUACUAGAUCUAAUGACAUUUAUUAUAACAUAACUUAUAAUAGGUUUCCUGCUUUGAAACUCAUCAAAUCAAACAUAGUUUCAAUUAAUGCGAAAUAAAUCCUAAUAAAAUACAUCUUGUAAAAUCACCUUAACAACCGGAUGCAUACUGGCGAAUUUGUAAAAAAAAAUCCCGUAUUUAUUGGACACACCCACAAAAAUACUUCAUUGUUUUCGAUUUUUUAUGUUUUUAUUUAAUUUUAUUAUAAUGUAUGUACAUUGUAGUAAUACUUAUAUUCUGAUUAAAACUGUCAAAGUAUGUAACGCAUGCAUUUUCCAUAUUUCCAAGCUAUCAUUUAUAAAACACAAUGGGAAGUAUCAAUUUUACCGAGACUCUGACCGACUGCCGAUAUUGCGCUUCCGUAUUAGUACUUGUAUGUAUAUCAUUAUUUGGUGUUUUUAGUUGUAAUAGAAUUAAAAAAAAAUCAAACAAAAAAAAUCGUAUGUAGCCGUGUAUUCUACUAUCAAAUCAAUAAAACUACGAUAUAUAAAAGAAAUUAAA